GGACAUAGUAUAUGAUCAGUUUGAAAGUACAAGGCAGAUGGCAGGAUGCCCGUCUACUGGUUCUGAAGUGGAGAAGGAGUUGGGUGUUGAUAAACUCGAGUUGUUAACAAACAUACCAUUUCAAAUGAAGAUGUCCACAACAGGAUGAUCCUUGAGAGACUUGCUUCUGAUGCACAGAAGUUGACAAGUCUUCAUCUGACGGUGCAGAACUUGAGGAGGAAAUUGGACACAAACAAAAAGAGCCAAAAGAUUAAAGAUGUUGAUCUGGAAACAGUCAAGGAACAGUUGCAAGAAGUCCAGGAGACGGUCAUUCAGCUGGUGGAUUUAAAUGGCCAAUUGAUGAGAAAUAUUGAAGAGAAUCCUUCUUGUUCAGGUGGAAAGUCUUCAGCAGAGUUGAAAGAGGAUGAAGAUGCCAGGAGAAAGGUGGUCUCGGAGCAGGCACGCAAAGGGUCUGAAAAGAUUGGAAGGUUGCAAUUGGAAGUGCAGAAACUCCAGUACGUCUGCUUAAACUGGAGGAUGAAAAGAAAAGCAGAGGGAAAAGCCGAUUUUCCAAGAGCAAAACAACCAUUAUUCUCAGGGACUUCAUAUACAGCGGGAGGAAGAACAGUGGACAGCGAAAGAAGUCUCCCCUUUGCGGAUGUUUUAAGCCUUCAACCCCUUGUACUCCUAGAUGUAAUUCGAUCCGCCGCAUGUAAUGCUAAUAACUGUUUUGCCUUUUUCCUUUAUCAGUCUCUGCAAUGGUUCUUAAAUUAUGUGACGGACUAUUUCUAGAAGCAGUUUUAGAAGACUGAUCUGCUUAGAACUAGAGGAACUGCAGAAUUAGAUUUGAUCUAAUUCAAAUAAUGCUGGCAGAUAACAGCCCUCUAUCUAUUAUCUGUAUCUUUAGUGCUAUGUAAUUCAUCAGAAAAUUUGCUGAGAUUCACUGUAUGCCUCUCCAUGCAUAAUGCACAUUUGGUCAACUUCGCC